AUGUCAGGAUUGUCAUCAACGGAGGAACAGGAAACUGACACUGUUGAUGAAAUAAAAGUUAACCUGUCUCUUAAUGAUUUACCACCUAAAACCCAGCUGAACAUUGAUUCCAUCGAUUUACUGGAAAAUGUUUCCACUCAGCUUUUAAAAUUGCUAAAAACGAGUAGUGUGGAGAGCUUAAUUCAAUUAACAGUUCCUCACAGGGGAGGUAGUCAUGAGGUAGGAGUGUUCGAUACACUACUUGCCUUGUUCAUUCAAGUCAAGAAGGUUUACACAGACCUGCCGCUGCUGCGUGUUGGAGACAUCGCGCCGGGUCUGUGGCUUGCAGAUGAACAAUGUCCUUACGUCUUGAAACCAAAAGAAAGUUUGAUUCUGGCUGCAAUCCGAAAGGCCAACAUUGUGACAUACUUGCUGUCACUUAUGGGCCGGUUUCAAUAUGGAUUCUCAUUUUUGGACGAGAAUUUUAUCGACAUUUUCUGUCCCGAGGGAAGAGAGCUGCCUUCAGAGGCUGAUCGAGUAUUGACAACGUCUCUGGGUAGGCUUUUGAAGCCUCAAGCCGUUCUGUAUCUCAAUCUCAAGACUCAAGCGUAUAUCUCUGCCAUGGAGCCUUGGAAAGAAUGCAGCCUGGAAGAAUUGGCGCGCAUAAAGCAAGAGACACUGGAUCAAGUCUUCCCCGUAAAUAUGAAAGCCUUUUUGCUGGCCAAGAAGCGUUUGCGCACUAACAGACUGAGUCCCUCAGAGGAAGAUUUCAUGAAAAGGUGCUGGCACAGAAGGGAAAAGUUGGCGGCUCAUCUAUCUCUUGACGAGCUGGCUCGGGAGUACGACUGGUUGGACUUCUUCAAAGAAAUUUUCUUCUAUGUCCAACGAAACCUCAGUCUACUGGUGUGGGGAAGAAGAGGCAUCGAUCGUUACGACCAUCAUGGCGACUCAGAAUCAGCUAUGCGCAACGAUAUACUUACGGUAUCAAAAACAUCAGAUGCCAGACUUACAGCGGAACAAGACCUUUCUUCCGAACUGGUGGCCGAAUCCUUGGACUGCUCGGUUUACCCCUCCUCCAAAAGUGACAAACCACCUGUCUCGACACGAGAACCUAAAACCGACAAAAGACCCAAACAAAAAAGAUUGUGGACGAAGGAAGAAGAGGCUGCGCUCAUUGAAGCUCUUAAGGCCAACGGCCCGGCCUGGUCAAAAAUUCUUGAACUACACGGAGCUGGUGGGAGUCGUUCUGAAGCUUUGAAGAGGCGAACACAAGUGCAGUUGAAAGACAAGGCGCGAAACUGGAAAAUGUAUUUUCUGAAAGGCGGCCUCUCAGUGCCAGAUUAUUUGAUGAAGGUGACAGGCGAUUUAGAGAGAGAUGAAAGAUCACGACUAAGAUUCAGAAGCCGAGUUGGGAGAAUGCCUUCAGCGUCUCCCAAAAAAGACAGCUCAUACAGCCCAUGA